AUGCCGCCCUUCCUAAUUGUUUUCACCCUGCUCUCCUGCAUCCACACCCCAGCAAACUCUGCAGCGACGGACACCAUCUUGGCCGGCCAAUCACUUGCCGUCAACGACAAGCUCAUCUCCGGCAAUGGCAGGUACGCGCUCGGCUUCUUCCAGACCGAAGGCACCACCAACUGGUACCUUGGCAUAUGGUUCAACGCAGUCCCUAAAUUCACUCCAGCAUGGGUUGGAAAUAGGGAUAACCCAGUCAAGAACACGACCUCAGUUGAGCUCACCAUUUCCCACGAUGGCAACCUUGUCAUCUUAAACCGGUCCACCAUGUCCAUAAUCUGGUCCACACAAGCAAACAUCUCCAGAAAUAGCACCACUGCUAGGCUGCUGAGUACUGGAAAUCUCGUACUCACAGACUCUUCAAACUUGUCAGAGUUUCUAUGGCAAAGCUUUGAUCACCCCACGGAUACAUUUUUUCCUGGGGCCAAGCAUGGAUGGGAUAAGGCCACCGGCCUGAAUCGCCGUUUUGUUUCUUGGAAAAGCUUGACUGACCCAGCUACCGGUGUCUAUUAUUAUGAGGUAGACCCGGCCGCUGUUGACCAGAUAGUGCUUGUAGCACUCAACUCAUCCAUACCCUAUUGGUCCAGCGGUGCAUGGAACGGCAAAUAUUUUUCUGGAAUUCCAGAGAUGGCUGCCCGCCACUCUAUUAGGGCAAAAUUUGUCCACAGUGACAAAGAGAAGUACUGGACAUAUAAAUUAGUGCCUCAAUAUAUGGAUCCAAAUAUGCUUACUCGUCAUGUAAUUGACAUCUCGGGUCAAAUGAAGACAUUCAUUUGGAUGAAGGGCACACCAGAUUGGGUAAUGAUCAAUGCCCAACCAAGAGAUCAGUGUGACGUUGAUGCAAUUUGUGGGCCUUUCACAAUCUGCAAUGAUAAUAAUUUUCCACAAUGCAAUUGUAUGGAGGGCUUCACAAUAACAUCCCCCAAGGACUGGGACCUAGAAGAUCGAGCAGGUGGGUGCUCGAGGAAGACUAAGUUAGACUGCAUUAGCAAUAGAGGCACAACGCAUACCACAGACAAGUUCUAUUCUAUGCCAUGUGUUAAGUUGCCCAAGGAUGCCCCAGAAGUAGAUGCUGCUGCAAGUGCAAGUGAGUGCGCACAAGUUUGCCUGAAUAAUUGCUCUUGCACAGCCUACUCCUUUGGCGACAAUGGAUGUUCUAUGUGGCAUAAUAAAUUGCUCAACAUAAGAGCACUACCAUGUAGUGGCACUGCCAAUUCUAACGGAGAAACUCUUUACCUCCGUCUUUCUGCUAAAGAUGUACAAAGUUUGAAAAACAACAGAAGAGGAAUUGUUAUUGGAAUUGUCACUGGUACAGGCGUUUUUGUUUUAGGCCUAUUUGCACUUAUCCUCUUAAUAAUGAUCCAGAGAAACAAAAAGAAGAACUCUGGUCAGAUACUGAGUGAUUCUCAAGUUUGUACUGGAAUCAUUGCAUUCGGAUACAAUGAUCUACAACGGGCAACAAACAAAUUCACAGAUAAGUUGGGGGUAGGCGGUUUUGGUUCUGUAUUCAAGGGGUUUAUAAAGGGCUCCAAUGCCGUAGCAGUGAAGAUGCUCGAUGGUGCUUAUCAAGGAGAGAAGCAAUUCAAAGCCGAAGUGAGCACAAUCGGAGCUGUUCAACACAUCAAUUUGGUUAAGCUUGUUGGUUUCUGUUGUGAUGGUUCCAAGAGGUUGCUUGUUUAUGAAUACAUGUCAAAUCACUCUCUUGAUGUCCAUCUAUUUCGAAGCAAUUCUACCAUGUUGAAUUGGACUGCUAGAUAUCAGAUAGGCCUAGGAGUUGCAAGAGGGUUGGCCUACUUGCAUGACAGCUGCCGAGACUGCAUCAUACACUGUGAUAUCAAGCCAGAAAACAUACUUCUUGAUUCUUCACUCCUUCCAAAAAUUGCAGACUUUGGAAUGGCAAAACUUAUAGGAAGGGAUUAUAGCCGAGUAUUGACAACAAUGAGAGGAACUACAGGGUACCUUGCGCCUGAAUGGAUAAGCGGUGUUCCUAUUACACCAAAAGUCGAUGUUUAUAGCUACGGGAUGGUGUUGCUGGAAAUAAUAUCUGGAAGGAGGAACUCAUGUGCAUCAUGUCCUAGUGGUGGCAAUGUUGAUGUUUAUUUCCCUGUGUAUGCCUCACAUAAGCUUCUCAAAGGAGACAUCAAGGGUUUGGUAGAUCACAAGCUAGAUGGCGACAUCAAAUUGGAUGAGGUUGAACUGGCUUGCAAGGUUGCAUGUUGGUGCAUCCAGGAUGAUGAGCUUGAUCGGCCAACAAUGGGACAGGUAGUUCAAUUUCUCGAAGGCCUGGUUGAGAUCACAAUGCCCCCGGUACCAAGAUUGCUCCAAGCUAUGGCCGGAAGCGCACAUCAAAAAUGCUCCUAA